AUGAUUUACGAAGAAAUCAACAGCAUCCUGUACCGUUACGACGGUGAGCAGGUUCGAAUCGAGCCCUGGGGCCCCAACGCAUUUCGUGUUCGAUCGACAAGAUGCCCUGAAAUGCCUUCAGAGGCAUGGGCUCUCGAACAAUCACCUCCUACCGUUGACGUCUCGUCCAAGAUUUCUAUCGUGGGCGAUGGUUCCGGAACUGUUACCAACGGAAAGGCCAAAGCUGUCAUCACCAAACGCGGCAAGAUCACCAUUUUCAACCAUUGCGACGAUGUUGUGCUCGAAGAGUACGCUCGAAACCGCCGUGACCUGCUCGAUGCCAACUGCAGCGCGCUCGAGGUUGAAGCCCGCGAGUUCAAGCCCCUGGUUGGCGGUAACUACCACCUUACGAUGCGCUUCGAAAGUCUUCGAGAAGACGAGCAGAUCUACGGCAUGGGACAGUACCAGCAGCCUCACCUUGACCUGAAAGGUCUCGAUCUCGAACUCGCACACCGCAAUUCCCAGGCCAGUGUGCCCUUCGCCCUGUCAUCACUGGGCUACGGGAUCCUCUGGAACAACCCCGCCAUCGGUCGGGUGGUGUUCGGGAAGAAUACAACGACAUUCGAAGCCUACUCGACCAAGGUCCUAGACUACUGGGUCGUGGUCGGCGAUACGCCGGCGGAAAUCGUCGAAAGACAUGCCAGCGUUACAGGCACGCCGCCGAUGAUGCCGGACUACGGUCUGGGCUUCUGGCAGUGCAAACUCCGAUACGAGACGCAGGAAGAGCUGUUGCAAGUUGCACGAGAAUACCGUCGCCGCGAUCUCCCAAUCGACCUGAUUGUUGUAGAUUUCUUUCAUUGGCCGAUGCAAGGCGAGUGGAAGUUUGAUAAGAAGUUCUGGCCAGACCCAGAUGCUAUGGUGGAAGAGCUUAAGAGCAUGGGGAUCGAGCUGAUGGUGUCCAUCUGGCCAACGGUUGACCAGAGAUCUGAGAAUUUUGCGGAAAUGAUGGAGCUUGGCCUGCUGGUCCGCUCGGAGCGAGGAGUGAGGACCAACUUCGAGUUUGAAGGCCAAACCGUGUACUUCGACCCUACCAAUCCCGAUGCUCGUCGAUACGUCUGGAACAAGGCCAAGGAUCACUACUACUCCAAGGGCAUUCGGACCUUCUGGCUGGACCAAGCUGAACCAGAAUACUCCGUUUACGAUUUCGAUAACUACCGAUACUUCCUUGGGCCCAACCUGGAAGUAGGUAACGUCUAUCCUCGCGACUAUGCCCGGACCUUCUUCGACGGGAUGUUCUCACGCGUCACAUUGCCUCUCACCAAGAGAUCGAGGCACGCUCGUGGCGUCGCGGGGCUUCAGCGAGAGCCUGUCAAGAGUGCGCACUACCCUGCACCUAGAAGCCAACGAGAGACUUCGAACAAACGCAACGCGUCUCCCCAACUUGAAACUCCGGCAGAGAACAUGGACAUGGAUAUUCUUGACGAGUCUAUGAACGGAUCCUGUGACAACGAACAUGGAGAGACAGAUUCAUAUCGAGCCGUGGCUGCGUUGCCACAAGAACAGCCAGAGGUCGCCGAAGUUAUGACACUUUCUGACAUGAACGCUGGAAUCGCCCCAGCAGAAGAACGCAUCAACGACCCAGUCAAUUGGGUAGUCCCUUCGGCCAGUGAGGAAACUGGGGCUGAUGGUCAGGUCGGAAACCUGAGUUGCUCCCACGAUGGGAAUAUUCUCGACGAAUACAUGGCUGGCGCAACGUUCAUGGACCAGCUCGCUGUCAGCGUACUCGAAGCUGUCGAGAUGCUCUACAUGGAAAAGAAGCUGCCUGAACAACUAGGAGACUUCGACCUCCUCCAUUGGAACGCAAACUCCAUUAUAGCCAAGGCAGGAGGCUGGGAGCAUCCGGUGCUGCUCCAUCUUCACCUGUCACGGCUCCAUCUUCUCACCCCUCUCAUCCACAUGAGGACUCUGGCUGCGGCCGCUUCAUCUCGCGCUUUAUCGAUGCCAGUUGAAACCUCCAAAGUCGACAAGGCGAGAUUCUACAUUUCCCAAUGGGUCAUACGCGAUCAAUACAAAGCUCGGCUAUCACUAAUUCAUGCUGGGGCAAUAUUGUGGCAUGUUCGCCGCUACAGUGUCAACAACUUUCUAGAACCUUUCAGCAUUUUUGCGGCAACUCUGGUGGUCUGGUCAUACAGCACGAUGAUGACCUUUCUGAAGAAGAACAAGAGGACUGGACAGGAACAAGCAAACGAUAGAUCUACCUCUCCCUACAUUUCAAACGACAGAGCUCCCACAGGAGCGAGUCCUUUGGAAGCGAUCGGGGAUACUCCACUGGCAGAAACGGAAGAAGAGCCUGAACCUGUCUUCCUUCAUCUGGACAGGCCAUGCGAUGAUGAGAUGGUGCAGACCUACGUCAGACUAGGCCAUAAGAUGGCUGGCCACAUGUCCAAGGUCGGAGACAUCUGCCAAGUAGGGGCACCAAGGCGAAUCUUGCGGGAGGGCAUUCGCAUGUUGAUGGGCGGGGCCGAACAACCGCUACAAUCGGAAACGAGCAAACAGAGAGAGAGCCUCAUGGUAGAUGGGCAGGCUUCAUACGCGUGGGGAAUUGAGCAGCCCUAUGUUGAGUUGCUGGACAGUCUCGUUCGAUCAUCGGCAGACUGA